AUGGAAUGCUCACGCCUGACUGCUGCCGAUGUGUUCCCAGUAAAAGCGGCUCGUGCCGCAGUGCUAGUUACCGAAAAGGGUGGCUCGAAAAAGGAUCUUGCGCGCGUAAUUGGAGGGGAAUUGUUCGCCGGACACGUCGAUUUUCUCUAUGCCUGUAUGGAUGCUUACCGUGGCACCGAACCGUACAGAGAAUACCUUCGGUUGCUUGAAGAAUCUAAUCAAAAGAAAAGCGGGGCACAGAAGCGACGACCAGCGCAAGCAAACACAGCCAAAAAUGCAAACCAGCAAUCGGGCUCAUCCUUACCUAGAGACAUAACGAUUGCGAGAAAUCUGGCUAAUAUAGAUCCUGCAUUACUUCAAAUGGAAGAAACAAGUGGAACGGAUGGUCUGGGUGCUCCAACCAUCGCCGGAAAAGCACUGACAAAGAAACAGCAAGCUGCUGAAGAUAAGAAGAAAAAAACCGCCAUUGAUCAAGAGAGAAGGAAGAAUCAAAAGGCUAUUGAUGAGGAGAAAAAGAAACAAGACGCCAAAAUCAAACAUGAGCAGAACGUCAAAAAGAAGGAGGAUGAGAAGAGAGAAAAAGAGGCCAAAGCAGCCAAGAGAAAAGCGGAAAAAGAGGCCAAAGAAGCAACAAAGGGUAAGAAAAAGAAAACCACCCACUUCUAUCAGCUGCCUUCAGUUUUAUCUUAG